AUGUGCCGACCUAUCCGAGCUGUCAGAAUCUUUACCUUAUGCGGUCACCAGGAGAACUUCCCUGAGAAUGUGAUUGAUUGCGCAAAACCCAACUGUCGCUUUAGCUCGACCCACUCGCCUGCCUGCAAUGGAGCCGCCUGCCGAGCCCAAUGCACUCAACAGCGUGGGUUCCCCGACAUUCGUAGUGAGUCCAUCCCCGUCAGCAUGACUGGUAAGCUCUACGACUGA